AUGGAAUCUGACUGUUGUGGUCCACCGGUCCCGGCUCUCGAGCCUGCUCCUGCGCUACCCGCAACUGAGGAGGGCGCCUGCCAGAGUGGUUGCUGCGGACGCCAGAAUGUCGAGACUCUCGCCGCCGAACCUCCAAUCCAGAAAGUGCCAGAUGAAGAGAAGAUUGAGGAUGAUUGCUGUGGCGCCGGAAAAUGUGCCAAUGACGUGGCCAAGGAAGAUUCCGACGCGCCUGAUUGCUGCCGCGGCAAAGCCAAUCCAUGCUGCGACACGUCUUGCCUCGACCGGCUGGCGCUGCGCGAGUGCGGUAUGAGUGCUGCGGGAAGCUCUGAAUCGAUCGCCUGUUGUAACACUACUGAGGGCGAGGCUUGCAGCGAGCACACUCUCUCGGCAUUGGACCGUUAUGGCGCGACGCUGCGGGCUCUGGGGUGCCUCUGCCGGACCCUUAUUGCUCUUGGCCAGGAAACCUGCUGCGAAAUACGCGAGCGACACUCACUCGACGGCAACCAGCCCUCUAAGAAACCGUCUGUUGGCUCCGUUCGCACCUCGCUGGAUUCUGGCCACAGUAGUGGCUCCGUCACGAAGAAUCAAGCUGCGGAAAAUAGCCUGCGUCUGCGAAAGGGCUUCAAAGAAAGCGUCCAAUCCGUCAAGGUUUCUCCUGUAGGGGAUGCCUGUGGUGGCUCCUGUUGCUCGAAGGAGAAGCCUGCUCUCGCCCCUUCGCUUAGGAGCAAAGGUCCGACGACCUGCUGCUCUGAGGGGAAGGGAGGAGGAUCUCCACCGAACGGCAAGGAUGGAAAUGAUUGCUGUGCAAAGGCAGAUAUCCUACCCUCGGGAGCCCAAGCCGGAUCUGAAGGGCUCUGUUGUACGGACAAACAGGCUGCCAAUAUCGGCCCGACGGGCGGCGAGACUGGGUGUUCCGGCUCGUGCUGCUCUUCUGCAGAGCCUAGUAAGCAGGCGGCUUCGCAGUCUGAAAGCCCGGGCUGUUGCUCGGAGGAUAUUUCUCCUGGAAAGUCUCCUGUUAAGACUAGUUGUGUUGACUCUUGCUGCGCUUCCAAAGCGCCAGACAAGCAAGUGGUUUCCCAUGCUGAACGCCCGGCCUGUGGCUCGGAGACUAUUUCUCCCGGAAAGCCUUCUCUUGAGAUUGGUUGUUCCGGCUCUUGCUGCCGUGGAGACAACGGCAUCGGGGUAAAUGACACCAAGCGCACAUCCGUUGACUCGUGCUGCGCUGAUAAGCCAGUGGGCCGCCGCUCAGGGUCUUGCGCUGAUGCUUGCUGCUCUUCAACUGCCCCUGAUGCCCGCCUAGGUAUUGAAAAGGGCCCAAUUGAGGCCGUAAGUGACAUUGAGAAUCAAGGCACUGGAAACGAACGAGUGGUUUUGAGCAUUUCGGGCAUGACUUGCACCGGGUGCGAGACAAAAUUGAACCGAACCCUCGCUACUGUUCCUGCCGUGAAAAACCUGAAAACCAGCCUGGUUCUCUCUCGAGCUGAGUUCCACAUUGACCUUCGGCUUGGAUCUGUUGAAGAAGUCAUGAAACAUCUGGAACGAACAACAGAAUUCAAGUGCGAAAGGAUUCAGAGCCAGGGAUCCAGUCUUGAUUUCAUCAUUUCGAAUGAUCAAUUUCAAUCGAUUAGUAGUGAAAAGUGGCCAGAUGGUGUUACCGACAUUGCGCUUGUUGGCAAACAGACCGCACGAGUUACAUUUGACCCGAAGAUAGUCGGAGCUCGUGACCUUGCCGAGAAGGUUUGGCGUUUGCCAACAGAAUUGGCUCCUCUACGUGCUGACCCGUCGCUAGAAGCUGGUAGCAAGCAUGUCCGACAUGUUGGGUACAUGACACUUCUCUCCGCCGUGUUGACAAUUCCUGUGUUGGUCAUGGCGUGGGCCCCCCUCCCCGAAAACGAAGUCGCAUAUUCCUCGGCUUCGAUGGCACUGGCGACGAUUGUUCAAUUCGUCAUCGCGGGACCGUUUUACCCCAAGGCUCUUAAGGCUCUAGUCUUCUCCAAGGUUAUAGAGAUGGAUCUCCUGAUUGUCCUAAGCACCAGCGCUGCCUACAUCUUCUCCGUGGUCUCCUUCGGGUACCUGAUUGCCGGAAGCCCCCUCUCCACCGGCCAGUUCUUUGAAACGAGCACUCUGCUGGUUACACUGAUUAUGCUUGGUCGAUGGGUUGCUGCUCUGGCUCGCCAGAGAGCUGUCGAGACUAUUUCUGUCCGAUCACUUCAGCCAUCGAAAGCCAUCCUCAUAGACGAAGAGAACGGCACAGAACUUGAAAUUGACGCUCGGCUUCUUCAGUAUGGCGAUAUUUUCAAGGUUCUGCCUGACACCAGAAUCCCCACGGAUGGCACCGUCAUCAGGGGUUCAUCUGAGGUUGACGAGUCGAUGCUCACAGGUGAAUCGAGGCCAGUUGAGAAGUUUCCGAAAUCAGGAGUCAUUGCAGGUUCCAUUAAUGGAUCUGGAGUCAUGAUUGUUCGGCUGGGCCGCUUGCCUAGCGACAACACUAUCAACACGAUUGCUGCGAUGGUUGACGAGGCUAAACUAUCCAAGCCCAAGCUGCAAGAUCUCGCAGACAAGGUAGCAUCCUACUUCGUCCCAGUGGUUGUGGCUUUGACUAUUAUUACUUUCGUUAUCUGGGUUGCGGUGGGUAUGACGAUUCGUGGGUAUAAUGGCUCUGAAGCCACGAUCGAGGCAAUAACGUAUGCCAUUACUGUCCUCAUCGUGUCAUGCCCUUGCGCCAUUGGGCUGGCUGUUCCCAUGGUUAUUGUCAUCGCAAGUGGAGUCGCAGCGGAGAGGGGCGUCGUGUUCAAGUCUGCAGAUGCUAUUGAAGUCGCUCACAAGACGUCGCAUGUCGUGUUUGACAAGACUGGGACUUUGACCCGAGGAAAGCUUUCUGUUGUCGAAACUCAUUGUAACAGCCAGGACAAACUUCCAUUUCUUCUGGGUCUCAUCGAGAAUAGCCGACAUCCAGUCUCGGUUGCUGUAAGCGCUCAUCUAAACGAUGCAGGACUCAUCGCCUCGCCUGUCCCCGAGCCCAAGAGCCUUACAGGCAAGGGUGUCGAAAGCACUCUGAAUGGCCAGAAACUUCAAGCAGGCAAUUCUCGUUGGCUUAAUCUUUCCGAUCAUGAACAUGUUGAAUCGAUGCUUGCUCGUGGGUAUACUGUUUUCUGCUUCGCCAUUGACGGCGUGUUGGUUGCAGUCUAUGGUCUGGAAGAUGAGCUGCGGUCUGAUGCUGCGGACACACUUGAGGCCCUUGAGAAAAUUGGCGUGGCAAUUCAUUUAGUUUCUGGCGAUGAUGACGGCGCUGUUCAAAAUUUGGCGGCCAAGCUCGGAAUUCCUGCCAAUAAUGUUCGUGCUCGCAGCUCGCCCGCUGACAAGAGAGACUACAUCCAGGCGCUUCUUGACACCAAUGUGGGUGGGAAGAAGCCUAUCGUAGUGUUCUGCGGCGACGGGACAAACGACGCUGUUGCUCUGGCACAAGCUACGAUUGGCGUUCACAUGAACGAGGGGACAGACAUCGCGCAAUCUGCGGCAGAUGUCGUCCUCAUGCGACCCGCCCUUUCUGGCAUCCUCGUCAUGAUUAACGCCAGCCGGAAGUCUGUCAACCGCAUCAAGUUCAACUUUGGAUGGAGCUUUGUGUACAACACCUUCGCCGUCCUUCUGGCUGCCGGGGCUUUUGUCAAUGCGAGGAUCCCACCAGAAUUUGCGGGACUUGGAGAGCUGGUGAGCGUCUUGCCUGUCAUCGCUGCCGCUGUUCUUCUCCGCUGGUCAGCCAUCUAA